AUGGAUCUUGGCCUGGGCACCAGCACUAGCUCCAGAACCCAGCACCUAGUGGGAGGUAAAUACAAGCUACUGAAUAAGAUCGGGUCUGGUGCGUUCGGGGAAGUUUGUCUGGCAGUUAAUGUCAUCAAUGGUGAGGAAGUGGCAGUGAAGAUGGAGUCCAAGAACAUCAAAAACUCCAGGUUGUUGGUUGAGAGUGCCAUGUAUGAGGAGCUUGGUGGAGGAAUAGGCAUCCCACACAUACAGUGGUUUGGGCAAGAAGCAGGUCAAAGUAUAAUUGUCCUGGAUCUUCUGGGACCCAGCCUGGAAGAUCUCUUUGAGUUCUGCUCCAGAAGCUUCUCAUUGAAAACAAUCCUUAUGCUGGCUGAUCAAAUGAUUGGUAUUCUGGAGUAUGUGCAUUCCCAGAAUGUAAUACACAGAGAUAUUAAACCUGAGAACUUCUUGAUGGGACUAGAAAGACACUGUAAUAAAGUUUACCUUAUUGACUUUGGGUUGGCCAAGAAAUAUCAAGAUAGCCACACUAGAGAACACAUACCAUGCCAAAAGACUGAAUACAUCGUUGGGACUGCACGGUUUGCCAGCAUCAACACCCAUCGUGGAAUCGAACAGAGUCGUCGUGAUGAUUUGGAAUCUCUGGGAUAUGUCUUCACAUACUUCAAUAGAGGCAGCUUGCCCUGGCAGGGACUAAAGGCUGCUACUAAGAGAAAGAAAUUUGAAAAGGUCGGUCAGCAGAAGAUAUCCAUCCCUCUUGAAGAGUUGUGUGGAGGAUUCCCUGAAGAAUUUACUACAUACCUGCAGAUUUGCCGCAAGUUGGGCUUUGAGGAAACACCUAAUUAUAUGUAUUUCAGACAGAUCUUCCAAAAUGCGUUUAGGAACCUUAAUUUUCAAUAUGAUAAUGUAUUUGAUUGGGCGAUACUUUCCCAAAAAUCUUCUAUAAAACAUAACCGCAGUAGCACCGCUACAGCAAAGCUAAGUAGAAAAGACAAUAAGAAGGGUUUCUGA